UCACAUUACGCGGAGCACAACGUGGGAGGACCCGAGGAAAGCUCUGGCGGCGCAAGUGCAGAGCGUGCAGAACCAGCUGGCGGCCCAGUGCAACGCGGCAGCGGCGGGCGGCGGCGGGAACCAAACCUCCGGCUCGGAUCAGCAGCUCUCCUCCUCCACAACUUCAGUCACAUCCCCAGGAGGCGUGGGAAAGAGUCCGGGGCCCCUUAGUCCAGCUACGAGUCCCGGCUCGCUGGGCCCCCUGCCCGAGGGCUGGGAGCAGGCCCUCACGCCCGAAGGCGAACAAUACUUCAUCAACCAUCAGACCAGAACUACCUCUUGGUUCGACCCCAGGAUACCUCAACAUAUGCAGAGGACACUUUCUGCUGGUGCUAUACUGCCAAGCGGUUGGCCGCCCACUAUCUCCUCGACGACCAACAGUCAAGCCAGUCAACAACAGCUUCGUCUUCAGUCGCUGCAAUUGGAAAGAGAAAAACUCAAAGCUAGGCAAAGAGAGAUUUUCCGUCAACAAGAAUUCAUGCUGCGCCCCAAUUCGACAGCAGAUCCAUUCCUGUCAGGACUGACUGAUCAUUCACGACAGGAGUCGGCCGACAGUGGCUUAGGGAUGGGCAAUAACUACUCUCUACCUCACACUCCAGAAGAUUUUCUCAACACGGUAGACGAUAAUAUGGAUGGUGUUAGUGAAGGUGGAACUUUAGGGCCAUCAGACAUGAGCACCUUAGAUUCUCAAGAAAUGAGUUCAUUGACUGAUACUAUUGACUUGACAGAAGACCUUGUUCCUUCAUUGCAGCUAGGUGAAGAACUGUCCAGUGACAUCUUAGAUGACGUUCAAUCUUUAAUUAAUCCUACUAGCAAAGCUGACAAUGUUUUGACAUGGCUUUGAUUCGAAGUGCCACAGAAACCAGCCGUCAAGUGCGAUUGAUUGCUCCUGGAACUCCACAGCCAUUCGACUAUCCAGUGUGGCAGGAACCAAUCGACAAACAAAUUUGAAAUCCAACAUGUCGCAGCCCCAUUUAUCCGGAGUGCAUUUAUGCUACGCAGUGGCACAUGCAUAGUUAUUUUUAGCUUUUUUAUUGAAAUGUUUGCUUUAAUGUUUUACUUUGCCCGUGGAUGGGUCGUCCAUAAUUCUGUUUGUUUUAUGUUGCCUGUCUUCAAAUUAUGUCUUUCAAGCUAGUGCCUUUAUGUAAUGUCAAGCAAUGAGCACGAAAAUGCCUGCAAGCAAUUCUCGUGUAGUUUUUUUUUAUAAAUCUAUAAAAUCUUGUCUCUAAGCGUUUUUACACUUAAAUGAAUUUUUAAGUGAAAAAUUCUUUUAUUAUUGUGGUGCGAAAAAAUUUCAGCCUGCAAAAUUUGAAGCAGUUAGUCUCUGUCCCAUUAAAAAUAAGUUCUAUCCUCUUUUGUAUAUCCUAGAAUUCGAAAUGCAUUUAGUUUUAGAAUGAAUAAUUCUUACCUUACGUUAUAAGUAUCGGUGUUUUAUGACAGUGUGGACUACAAAAGUUUAGAAUUAACUAACAUACAAACAUUGACAGCAGUACUUUUUUUAAAUAAUAAAAUUUAAUUUAAACUAGUAAUUGGACUUAAAUUUAGAGUCCUCAAAACAUUUUGGAGAAUUUCGAUGGUCAUUUUGACUUGUAAAUAAAAGAUAUGUUUGUGCGUUGAGUGAUUUAGGAAUGUUUCAGAUUUGUUUUCUAGUUUCUCCUUUCCCACAGUUCUAGAGUUCUUACAAGCUUUUUAAUCCUCUUUUAAAACUUAAAAGGCACUUGUCCGGUGAAGAUGUGAAAUAUAUUUUAGACCUUCCUAUUUUAGCCUUGGUUUCCAUUAUGAAGCUUUUAAUGAUCAAAUAUCGUCCCUCUUCUCCCUGCAGCAAUUAUAGAUUUAUGAUUCAUGCCGUACAUUGAGCUGUAAAAUAUUAAAUUUUAUCAUUACUCAUUCAAGUUAAGAUUAACCUUUACAACUUCUUUUAUCAGUUGCCAAUGUUCAUGCUCUAUCAAAGUCAUAUUAACCUUGUCAUGGCUAAAGAUAUCGUAUUUUUACUACAUUUAUUUCAGUUUUUCUCCUCAUUUUAGCUAUGAUCAAAUAGAUGCCUCUAUGAUUUUUGCCCUUAAAAAUUUAUAGGUGUGUUAAAUGUUUCCCCCAAAUCGUUAUGGCUUUAUUCAGGAUUUAUGCGGACUAAUUGUACCUCUCAUAAACUAUCAUGCCUUCUGAGCUAAGAAAAAACAAUAUAACAUUUCACACCACAACACCUUAAGAGCUGUUCUCAAAUGUGCCUUGAUCAAUGUCUCUUCAUGGAUGAUGGUUUUUAUAAUGAUGAAAAUAAUUUUUUACAGUUUCGUAAAAAUUUCUAACAUUAAGUCCUAUUUUCAAAUACCAGUAAGAAUUUUAUUUUUGAAAUGUUUGUGCUGUUUAUUGGGUUUCCAUGGACAAUAUUUUCACGGAUUUCUUUUUAUCGUACUUGAAUAUUUUGGGUCAAAAAAAUUUGCAACGUCUUUCAAUAGGUAGUUUCUUAAGAAAAUUGCAUUCUGACUGAACUAUCAACAAAUAUUCCGUUCUUUGUUUUUCUCCCAGAAAUCUCUAUAAAGAUCAGGUCCUAUCAAGAAGUUUAAGACAUCCCCACAGUAGACGGCUGCUUUAAAUUUUGCAGAGCAUAUCUUGCCCUAAUCAUUUUCUGAAUUCGAUUUGGAUCAACAGUCAAAAUCGAUCGUACAUCUUUCGGCUGGUUGUAAGCGUAAGCAGAUUUGUUAAUAGAUAAUUCUAGGUUAAGCUCUGUGAAAUUACUCAUUUUAGAUUUUACUGUAUUUAAUUUAUAUCUUUGUCGUGAAAAUAUUUUGUCCUUUUUUGGAACGUCCGUCCAAAAACUGUAACCAAGUGCCUAAUGUCCUUCCAGAAACAGAUGGAAAAUAAUUAGAUAUAUCCAAAAAGACAAGUAUUAUGUUGGAAUAAUAUUUGUUACCUUCUUUGUAUAUUUAUACAAUGUUGUGAAAAUAAUGUGAUCUUAGGUUAUUGUAGAUGGCUUUCCGCGCGAUUUUGUGUAUCGUAUAUUUUGAGCCAACCUUCUCUUUCAAAUAGAUGUCCCUUACAAGCUAUAAAUUGUUUUGCAGAGAAAAUUUAUGAGAAAAGAAAAGAAGAAUUAAUGCUGCGAUUGUUCUCCUGAAAUUUUACAAGUAACCCUUUAACAAAUCUCAGAUUUGUUCUCGUUCAGAAGGCCUCCGAAGGUUUUGUUUUGCAGAUGAGCAAGAAAUCUCCUGAAUUCGUGGACAAAGUAGAGAAAUCAUGUUUGUGACUCUAGAAGCAGUGAGGACCAUUAGUUUUUUCGCAAAGUGCAAGGACUCUCUGAGCGAACUCAAUUCUUUAACAUGUCUAGACUGUCAGGCAAAACUUUUAAAAGGAAAAUUCUCAACCUGGACUUAGUAUUUUUGAUAAAAUCAUCAAAAUCAUUGGAUUCAGCAAAUCCGUGAAAAUUGUGUAGAAUUCCUUACAAAUAGCAUGUUUGAUCAUUGCAAAAAUCAUUUUGGCUUAUUAAAAAUUCAUAGAGAAAAGUACAGAAGGUGGUGGCGAGCGGAGGAGUGUAUAUUUCUACUCCUCCGCAAGCCAACGCAGGUCUACCAAAAAUCGUGACAAAGUUGGGUCAUCUUAGCAUUCAGCUAUAUCUACUCUGAAGCCUUACUCUAUUUAGCUGAUCGGCUGAUGUUUGUUUCUAUGUCAAAACUGAAUUUGAGGGCUGCUGCCUUAUUGUCAUCACAUUUCUAUAUUUUCUCUAUGUUGAAAACUGGAAAAACUUUUUAUUAAUGUGAUGGGCCUAUUUAAUUUCGAAUGUAACGAAAUUAUAAUGAAACAGUUUGCUGCAUUUGUACGUAUAUAAAAGUUUUAAUUUGUUUGUUUUUUCUCCCAUUACUUCUCCUUUUUACCAUCUUUUUCUCUCUUAUUUUUUUACCACCUAACACAAAAUAACAACGGUAAAAAUCAUCUCAAAACUUAAAGUAGUAUCCAAAAAAUACAAGGCUCUCAAUGUGCUUUUCACCAGAGCAUUCGACGAAAAAAUUAAACUUUUUUAACAAUUCAAACAGUAACUUUACUCCAGCUUUUUCUGGUUAAAUAGUUGUGGUCCUUGUUUUACCACGAAAAAUGAUAGGUUCUGCUCCUUCCAAGUCUAACAAAAUUAAUGAUAUCUCAAAGUUAUUUCAAGGUAGUCUUGAUUCGGCCAUGAAUUAAUGAAGUGAACUUAAGCUAAAAAGAACUCUCUAUUCUUCCUUUGGAAUUUACAUUUCUUUCUUUCUCUCACGAACUUUUCCCAAUAAUGAAAUUGAAGUUUUUUCAGUUGUGAUUUUCAAUUAAUUAAUUUUUCUUCUUAUUUUUUGGCAGAGGGAUUUCCUUUAACCUGAUGUUUAUAAGUGAUUUUUUUUUGUUUCUACUAUCUUUCUUUCAAAAGGAUGACAAGUGAGUUCUCCAAUAUGAUUUUCUCUAAAAGCUCAUCGACAGCAUAAGUCUGCAAUCACAUAUCUCGUUUGCGGUGUCCGAAAAUCUCCGUCUCUUUGUUAUUUUUUUAAAGGAAAACCGAGUCAUGUGAUUGCCGACUUACACCGUCGUCAUGCUUGAUUGUCCUUCUUAGAUUGCAAAACAAAAGUUUUGAUCCUUUUGGAAAAUCCAUCAAGAAGUUUGCACUCCUGCAAAAGUCGAUGUGUCAUUGUCCGUGCAAAGUGACAGAAGAGUGUAAGUCUUGGGUUCUCAAGUACCUUUCAAUCGUGAAUUCACAGAAUUAAAUGUAUUUAACUUUUCAAUUUUAUUUUUUCAUUCAUUUCUUAUCAAUCUUUUACUGUGCUCAAUUUUUGAUGAUGUUACCUGUGACUUUGUAUGCGUGCGUUUGAGUGGUUUUGCGAGAAUCUCAAUAAGUGUUUAGUGAAAGUCGUAACUCGCAAUUUAUUUUAACUUAUUCUUUUAAUGUUUUUAAAUGAUUUAUAAUUUAUAUUUAUUAGCUCCGUUUUACUCAAAAUGUGAACCUCCUUCUAUCUUUGUUACUUUCUUUGAAAAUUUUAAACUUUAUUCUUCAUAAUUGUAUUUAAAAAUUUCUUGGAUUCAUGCUCUGCAGUUGUCAGAAUUUGAGUCUUUAAGCUCAGUGGGCGCUUUCUUAGAGUUAUGUUUAUAUUUUUUGUUUAAUCUUUGCUAUGUGUAAUAACUCAGCGAAACUAUUAUAUCAGACUAAACUAGAGGCAGAGAUAAUUCCAGUGUUGUUGAUCAACCCAGCUCAAAUUAUUUUCUCUCUCAAUCUUCAUUGAGUUCAAAAGUUUCCAAAAAGAAGAAACAUCUCUUUUAAUUAAUGAAACGUGAUGUCCAUAAAUCCAAAAUGUUUUUACGCUAUGUAUCAACAGCUUCAAAACAAAGAGUUGACAGACAGACUCUCAUUUUGCUUACUGUUUUGUCCUAGCUUCGCAAAAUUUUGUACUAAUGAGGGUCGGUUCUUUCAUUGACUGCAACCAAAGGAAUAGAACUGGAUUUUUGCAAUGUUCGUUACACAAGUAAUCUGAGAGAAUAGCAAUUCAGGUUUAGGAUGAACUUGUUGCGCAAGUUUCCUUGCCUUGACGUGAAUUUGCUCUUUUCUCUCUAUGAAAAAUGUUGAGAUAUCGGCAGGAGGAUUUUUCUAUGCAAUUUGCUUGGUUACCUCUGACAUUAAAGUGUCCAUGACUGUAGAUAUUUAAAUUUUCUGGAUUGAUAUUUUGUAGUAAUGAGUAAGAAAUACUUGUAUGCUUGUAAGACUUGAAAUAUGCUUGAAGAGUUUAUCUGUAUUGGGAGACUUAAGGAAGAAUAUACCAACGCGAGAGAGUAAUUAGAUCUUUGUGUGAGAGAAAGGAGGCUAAGUGGAAUUUGAUAUUCCAGCAAUGCCACAAACAGAGGACUUAGUGGCUGAAAGAAAAUUUUCCUUACAGUUUCUCUGGUGAUUGACUUAUUUUGAAGCAAAAGAAGUCUGCAGGAAAUUAACAAAUCCUCAACUAUCUUUGGGUUUUGAUGGUCUUUAUGUGUUCCUUGUUUCUGCACUUUUCAAAAGUUGUGCCACUGCCCCUCCCCAAUUGCAUUUGAAUUCCUAUUUAACGAAUGUAACCAAUCUAAAUUAUUGCACACAUGCCUUUUUUUCAAAUGUGUCAAUGUAGGUAGACUCUCUUUGCAUAAAUGUGCCCACAGAGAGCUACUCCAAGUCUUUUCUGGCUGACCUCAUUUGUUGCUUUUUAGAUUUUCUGAGAAUAGUUGAGCAGAAUGAGGUCUCCGUAGAACCAAAGUAUCCGUCAGAAAAAAAUCAGACUUGAUCCCCAGUUGUUUAGCUCUACAUCUGGGGCAAUUUUCUGAAUCAAUGCCUUUACCACGUUACCGUUCCAAAAGUUCUCAUUGUUCAAAAUUUAUCGAUCCAUUAACACAGAAUGUCAGCAGAACAUUUUUGAGCAGCUAUAAUUCUUUUCUCUUGAGACUCAGCUCUCCACAUGAAAUGGAGUGAAAUCUGUUGUCUUUUUGAGGUGCACUUUAUUUAGCUACACGUCAUUGCAACAAUGCACUAUUCCAUUGGUCAAUUUUUGUCAUUGAAGCUCCUGGUAACCUAUUAAUUCAAAGUCAAGAGGCUUCAACUUUAGACAAAAUCAUGUUUGAUAUUCAUAAGAAUUUUGGAAUGAAAGCCGAGAUAGGCAAAUCAACGCUGAGACUGCUAAAAUGCGUACCUGAUUUGUGGUGUUCCAAAAUCUCUGCUCCUAUUUUGUUUUGUUAUACAGAGACCAAAUGAACGUCAUGGCUUUACAGAAUACGCUUCCAAAGUUUUCAAGGAAUGAUGUUGAGAAUUUCAUUUCGUAGAAAAUGUAGUAUGACAGGAAGUCUGCAAUGCUGCAAACCGAGAUACGCAUUUAUGCAGUGUCACCAAGAUAAGAUACCUAAUUCUAAUUCAGUCUAAUAUAUUGGAUGUAUAUGGCAUCAAAGUUUGUCACCUAGACCGGCAGAUCAAUGUAUAUUUCCUUUAUACUUGAGUUAGUCUUAUCUUGUCAAUGGCUGUGAAUAUUCUCAUCUUAAGUUCAUUAAACAAGCCGAUUUUCACCGUAGGCAUCAAUCUUGAUGAAGCAAUGAAAAUAAGUAUAGUUUGAUGUGUAAUGUUCCUUAAGUUUUCACUGUAGUCUGAAGGGGGGAGGAAAAAAACAACAAAAAAAUAGCAUUAUCACCUCAAAUUGCUUGUAUUUUAGAUUGAUACAGCAACUCAAAUCAUUGAAAAUUUUUACGUCCAUUUUACUGUUCCUCGUGUCAUUGCUCUUGAUUUUUCAUGUAUGCUUGUAAUUAUGGUGCUUUGUGAGUGAAUGACCGUUAUUCUUUUAACAAAUUUUAUAACAAUUGAUCGUGACUGUUUUAAACUUUGUGUAAUCACAGGCACUUUUCUAAAGUUUUUUACAGUAGUCGUAAGCAUGUUUUGAAGGACGUUUUAGUGAGUUGUGCGAUAAAGUAUCUGUAUUUAAAGUUUGUACUUUUGUGUCCAGAUGUUUAGUACAGAUAGGCUUUUGUAAAUUCCCCUGCGCUUCUACCUUGUUUGUCCAACGACCAAUCAUUGCACGUAGUUAGGAAAAUGUAUUUUAAAGAGAACAAAGUGUGAUUUUUCUUGAAGAACCUUGCAUUUUCAAAACAUUUUUAUCUUUAUUCAAUAUUAGAGUCCACUCUAAGUAAGUUUAAGCACUUUUUGAGUGCAACAGAAGAGCUGUCAUCCUGAUUUUUGCAUUCAAUUUCAGUGCAAAACUGAAGACGAUGAUCUCCUGUCAACUCUAAAAGUGCGUAGACUUAUUUUAGUGUCUUUAAUUUAAGGUCAGAAAAAAAAAAGUGAUUUAAAGAUGUAAAUUCAAACAGAACUAGAGAAAGAAAUAGAGUUGAUGGAUACAUUUGUGAAAACCUCUGCCUGUAUUGGUAAAUCAAUGGAAAAUAAUGUCAUUUACAAAAUUAGAAAAAGAGCUAUCUUAUUUCUGCUAAAUUGAAGUAAAUUUUUUUAAUUCUCUUCUAUGCAGAAAUUUGCAAGGUUAGAUAGUUUCAGCUGUCAACAUAUUUAAAAACUUCAGCAAUUGAUAGUUUCACUUUUGUCACUUCCUUUCCAGCAAUGAUUUUUUGUACACAAAUAAUUUUAUUUCGAUUCAUCUUCUUUUUUAACUUUGAGGAGUGAAAACAGAGUUCUCGAAAGAUGCAUGAGCUUAAAAUUGAACUGUUGUUCAAACUUUCUGGGAAAGUAGCUUUAUAGAAUUUCCUCGGAUUUUAGGAAUCUCAAGAAUUUUGAUCUCGUAAAUUGGUUUACCAAAUCUGCACCCUCUAUAUUUUUAUAGUUUUCUGUAAAGUGAAUUCCUAUCAAAUUAAUAUCAUAAAACAUUUUGUUUCUUAUUGAGUUCAGCUUAUGUUAUAGCUACGUUAUACAAUCAAGAAAAUAUUUUUCUUUUACAGAGUUGUUGUACACGAAGUUGGCCAAUAGUUUUGUAUUUUUGGAAUGUCAUUAAUCUCUCUCUUUCUCUCUCGCCCUUUAUUCCCCUCUCUCCUUCCCUCGUUUUUUUCUUAAACUGUUCCGAUACAAUGUUUUGUUCGUCUCUGUUAAUGGAGGGAUUUCUUUUCAAUGAAGUCUGCUGUCUCCAAUUUUUCAUACCAGAGAAUACUAUGUAUUGUCUGAUCUAUUGUCGUAUUUUAGAUGUCUUUAUUGAUCAUGAUAAUAACAAUUUGAGAAGCCUUUUUUUAUGUUAUGUUGUAUUCAUUGUAAGUGAAGUGCCUUUAACUGUACAUUGCCCUUUUCUCAACAGAAAUUUUUUUUUAUUAUUUGAGAUAUGCCUGUUUAAGAUCAGUGUUUAAUGCUCUGCUCUUGAGAGCACAGAAAUAUUUAAAUUUUUUAGAUUUCCAUAGAAUCUUCCGCAACUUCUCAAUUUCUUAAUUUUAAUGAGUUGUUUGAGCGGUAUAUUAGAUCCCAUUGUUUUUAUAGCAUACUUUUUAAAAAUGCCAUGUUCAAUGCGUAUCAUUAUCAUUGUUAAGUUCAGAAUCCAAUUUCAAUUCUUCUCACUGCGUCUUUUGUAUACUUUAGAUUUUUUUUGGGGCAAUUAUUUUCAUUUUCACCAUGCCAAAAUUUUAAUGGAUACAUACUGAAAAGGAUAAAUAAUCUUCAAAUGCAGGGUGCAAGUGACAUUUUUGCUUAAAUUGAGGUAUUAUUUGAACUCAUUUCAAAAUUAACUCUGCAAGAAAUUUGACCCCAAAAAACCUUUUAUGAGGCUCCGUAUAAUUAUUGAACUUUCAACUCGCUUUUAUUAACAUUGUGAAAAUGUUUACUACCUCAUUCAUUCUCACUUAAUGGGUCUCAGUGAAAUUGAGUUUUCUCAAGGAUCCUGAGACCGAUUUUCAAAAUCUUAGGCUCAUUUUAAAUCUGAGAGUACGCGUAAUACAUACUUCUUUACCAAGUUGAUUUAUCUUUUUUGAUCCAAAAGAUACAAUGCCCCUCAUUCUUUCACAAGACAGCUCAGUUUUCCAUUUAGUCAAUGUAUCUCAACUUUUUUUCUUUAUCCUUAAAUUUUUUUUUGAUCUCAAGCUAUAAGUACUCAAAAAUAUACUCCACAUCGGAUUAUUCAAGCAGAUCAAAUUAUUAUGUGGGGGUCGCCUCGUGGCAUUAUCUGUAAGUCAGUUGUAAUGCUUCAUUCGUAAAAUUGAAUGAAAUGUAUUUGGAGUAACUGUUGUAAAAAUACUUGUUAUGUAAUGUAUCCUCAACUUCCUCAAUGAGAGAGGCGUAUUUCUUUCAUAUCAAUGCAAAGGUUACCAGGUGUGUGAGCAGAAAAAUUCUAGUUUUGAGGAGGAAAACAUAAAGUGAGUUGGCAAGGCUCAUUAUGAUAUCUCUGCCCAAAAAUCAGGUCUCUGAAACAGAGUUAGAUAAUCCGAUGCGGAGUGAAUGACAAUGACUGUCAUUUAAUAAUACUAGGUUAAAGAAUAUUAUAUUGGGCCUGAUACAAUUGAACAGGUGACAACCGAAUGUAGAUAAGCAAGUCUUCCUUUCAAUUUUGAAGGGUUUAAUCGCAAUUGAAGAAAGUGUCACUUUGGAAGGACAUUUAUGUUAAUGAGAAUGAUACGUUGCAAAUUAAAUGCCCUCAGAAAUGUAUGUUAUCAGUCUAUUUUUAGGUAUGUUUUUGUUUAACGCAGCAGAGGAUGCCUAUUCUUGGGAACCUCAUUGAGUCCGACAGUCAAAGCGUAGUAACAUCAUGCUUCAUGAGAGUGUGACAAAAAGUCCACAAUCUUGAAUCUUACACUUAAUCCUAAUUCUAAGAUGAAAAUUGCAGAUUUUCUGUCAUACUUAAAUAGUGCGCAAACUUAUUGGGCGGCAAGUCCAGUGUUACCUAUGGAAAGUUCAGAGCGGAGUGUAGCUGAUGACAUCCCUGCACUGACUGGGAGAAACGCUGGUUCCAAAUUCAAUUCUUUGAUUUAAACCUGUGUUGCUCCCAAUUUUCUGAUCUGCAAUUCAUAUGUGACCAUCUUCAGGAAAAGGAUAAGGAACCAAGUAUUCUCAGAAGAUAAUUUUUUUGCAGUGUUUCUUGUUGAGUUGGCAAAUCGGUAUUCUAUGUUUUCAUCGGAAAUUCAACAAAAAAGGUGUAGGAAAUGUCUCGGUCAAUUUUUAGGGCGCUUCGAAGGGCCGCUUUACUGUUCACAGACUCAUUUCAAAAUUUCAAAUAAUGUUUUCUCACCAACAGUUUCUUAUCUGUCAACCCAAAACACUCCUUCAUAUGAUUAUAGUAAUUAUCAAUUCAUGAAAGUUCCCUUUUCUGCGGAGGGUUACUUACUUAGUAGUCCAGUUAAAAAUGUUGGAAAAUUCUUCCUCAAUAUUUUGAAUGAAACGUAGCAAUUUGUUCAAUUCAGCAAUAUUAUCCGUUGUUAAUGAAUGUCAGUUUGUUUUAAGCAACAAACUUCGUUAUGUGAGAGUGUGAAUGAUUUUUCCGCUUCCUGUCUCUUUUGAUGCACCAGCAAUCCACCAAUUAGGCACUCUUAAUAAAAAUUGUCAAAUUACUUUGUAAAUAGAAAUUGUAUGUCUGCUAAGUUGUAAUGAACUAUUUUAAUAAGGCAUAUGAAUUAUCAGGAAACUUUUGUACCAUCAAAGAUGGGAAAAUUGUAAUGGAGAAAAAAGAACUGUUGUAGAAAAAUGAAACUCUUGCAGCUCACAAUCAUUGAGAAGUCUAAACCUUAAUUUUCUUGUAUUUUCAUUUCUUGAUGUUGUAUAAAAUUGAAAGAAUAAAGCAAUAUUUAGUAAAUGAAA